AGCGCAGUAGAACGUACGUAGUAUGCUUCGAAGAAAGUUAUCAUGUUUUGUAAUGGGAUAAUCUCAUUUCAGCGUUCAGAAGAAUCGAUAAAUAUUAGGAUUCAAUGAGAUUGGUAGUAUUUGGGUGCCAUGGCCCUUCUGAAAAAGGAAAACAAUGGUGUUGUACAAGUUGUGAACUCGGUGAAGUCGAAGAAAGAGCCCAAAAAGCCAACGAUUUUGGAUGAAGAUAGUUAUGUGGAGCGCAUAGAGAAGAUCAUUGAAAGAGACUUUUUCCCUGACCUUCCAACACUUAAUAUACAAAAGGAUUACUUUGAUGCUCUGGAGCGAAAUGAUCUUGUCAGGCUGAGAGAACUUCAGAUGAAGUAUGGGGGCAAAUGUCCAACUUCAACCAGAAUUCCAAGCGAAUACAACACUCCAUCUUCAUUUGAAACACCUGAUGUGAGUGAGGGGAGGCCUGUGUCACAGUCAAUUAGGAGAGAUAAAGAGGAGGAGGUUGACAAGCCAUGGAACAUAGAAGAAAAGCCUGUAGAGUCUACUGUAGAACAAGAAGAACCAUUGGAAAGUCUGGACAGCUUCUUAGCAAAAAACACAAGUGAAGAUAAUGCUUCAUUUGUGGAUAUCCUGGCUGAAAGUGAGCGCAAAAAUCGAGAAAAGCAUGCCUGGCUGUUUGAGAAUGAAAACAAACAAAAUUUGGAACAAGAGAGAAAGAUUGCUCUGCCAAGCAUAGAAGAACAGGCAGCUAUCAAGCCACGCCCAGCACAGCUUGAUACUUGGACAUACAAGCCUCACAAUGCGGUAAUGUAUGUGCCAGAAGGUGUUGAGUACAGUGCCAAGGAGCUCAUUGAGAUGAACAAGUUCAAGAAGCGUACAAUCGAGCAUGAAAACACCCAUUUUGCAGAAAACCCUUUUGGAACGAUUCGGAGUAAAGAGGCGCUGCAAAAAGCAACAAUAUACAAGGCAUUGAUAAAUCAUGGAAAAAUUGGCCAUGAUGGUCGCGAGUUAACCAUCCAGACACCCCAGGUGAAUGGAUUCAAGUUUGUAGGCACUCCUUCCCCAGCACCAGGGGUUGAGGAAUCACCUUUCAUGACAUGGGGAGAAGUGGAAGGUACUCCUCUUCAGCUGGAGGGCCAUCCUGCACGCACACCUGGACCAGUAUUCAAAAUACCAGAAGUUCCCAAACGAGAUCAACUUGCUCUGGCACUGGCAGAAAAGGCCAGCAAAGCACACAGGGCUAAGAAGGAGGAAGCUUUGAAACAUGUCACUCGGCGACUUGCUUCGCCAUCCCCUAACAUGAGUCCUCUGGAGCGAUUCAGUGGCAUGUCACCAGCAGCACAAAGACUGGCCAGUAAACGGCUCGGUGUUCGAACUCACACAGACACAGCCCUACAAGCAAGUUACAGUCCAUCCCCUACCCGUAGCUUGGGGGACAAUACUCCUUUGCAUUUCUCCUCCACUCCCUCCCCUGCCUCCUCAAGGCCUUCUAACACACCAGGCAGCAGACACUCCUUAGACGCUUUGAAGACUGCAGACAAAGAAAAAUCUUCCAUCACUGAUGAUUUGCUGCAGCUUCCCAAACGACAGAAAGCUUCAGACUUUUUUUGACACUGGUGCAUUAGAAGAUUUGUGUGCGAAUUGUUAAUAACUGGUUGACAACAAAAACUUCCAGUCAGCUUGGAUGUACAUACUUCACUAACACUCCAAGUGCCUGGUUUGUGCUUAUUUUUUGUAAAAGAAUAUCUGUGAGUGUAAUUCUGUAGGGGUGAAAAUCACAUGCUGCAGAUCUCGGAACUUUGCGUCUUCAUUCUUGAUACCAAUAAACAGCGCUUUGAGACUACCACGGUUUACCAGGACAAAUAAACAGUACAGAAGUCAUUCAGUAGGAAUAUUUCCAUGCUUUUUGGAGAAAGCACAUGACAUUUGUUCAUUUUGCGUUGGUGUGUCAAGUAUUAGGAGCUUGUAGAUAUGUUGGAGCCAAAAGACAGCCAUUAUGGGUUUUUUUAAUGUGCUGUAGAGCAGUUGUCAGGGGAUUCCUUGUGCAUCUUUAAACAACUUUGUGACAAGAUGCUGGUGACUUGCAGACUCAGGGAUUGCUGUUCUUUGAAGCUGCGUAUAUAUGCAUAAGUGUGUAAGCAACUUCAUCACAAAAUAUCUUGAAAAAGACUCAUCUAUUUAAAAUUAAAGUAUAUAUGCCAAGAAGAAAAAUUCUUAGGAUAUAGGUUAUCAGAUGGAAGCAUUAAUGAAGCAUAAAUUUCUUUUUAUGUCAUUCUUCUUGUUUUGUGAAGGCAUUAGAAAAUGGGGGUGGGGGAGUUUUAUAAUGGCUGUCUACAUUUUAUAUUUAUCUGUACAGUAUUAAAUCAGAAGAAUUCUGUACUUUAAAUAAUUUUGUUUUGUGCCUAUUGCGGUUCACUUUUUGUUGCACUUUUGCAGCUUUUUUUUUUUUUUUAACAUUUUAUCACCAAGCUCUUUUGUGGAGCAUUAUGGAACACCGAAUAAAAAAAGACAAAGCUGCUUGUCUGACAAUGUGUAAUCAUAAAUCAAGGCUGCCAACAGCAGCAGCUAGACAGAUCUGUAGAAUCUUCCAGAGUGCAUGGGACCAUAAGCAUAAAACAUUCUUGAAGGUUGGAUGAUGGAUUAAAGGCCUAUCACAAGACUUUUUUAAGAGGUGUAGCUUGCAUAUUACUUUAUCAGUACUGCUACAGUAAGUAAACUUACGUGUUGUAGUGCAGUAUCUUAAUUUAAUUUUAGAAGAGUAGAGAACAGGAUGUUUGGGGAAAGCAGCAUCCCUUUUGUGCAUGGGGCAAGCAAGCUGCCUGCCUUGGGUCGUAAAGGAGAAUGCAUGUUAAUGUCAAGUCAUAGAUGUCAAACUGUAGAAGGUGAAGGUUUAAUGGUCAUGCUUUUUUCUGUCAAGUCUCACGGAGAUACACUGCAAGGUUGCAAAUAUGACAGGAAAUCUCAAUAAAUAAAAAGACAAAAAACUCCCAUGA